AUUACUAUUUUCCCUUCAUUUCCUCAUUUUAUUUUCUAAAAAUGGCUCAACAAAAUAUACAAUCACUAGUAUUCUCAUAUUUCAUAGUACUAAUCUUAUUCUCUUUGUUUUCACAUUACAAUGCUUUGAAAGAGGAUUUGAAUGCUUCUUGCAAUAAUUAUAAUGUUGAAGAUGAAAUGGCUGCCGGGUACGAUCCGGGAGCGUACCCUUCGUAUUUUACAGCCAUCGAAGGCGGCGGAAUGAAGCUCGAGGAUCCAAUGACGGUGGCGUUAAGGGACGAUGAAGUUCUUGGCAUGAAGCAGGGAUAUGGUGUCGCUUUGAGGUGGACUGAAACUGUUGUUAAUGUUGAUGAUUUUGGUGCUUAUGGUGAUAAAAAUGUUGACACUGAGGCAUUUGAGAAGGCAUGGAAGAAAGCUUGCUCAUUGAAUGGUGCAGUAAUUCUUCAAGUACCCGAAGGAAAGAACUAUAUUCUCAAACCUGUUAAAUUUUCAGGUCCCUGCAAUUCCAAUCUUACAAUCCAGAUACUGGGGAACAUAAUGGCAUCAGAUGACAGAUCAGAUUACAAUGAAGAUAGUAGACACUGGCUUUUGUUUCAAAAGGUUGAUAAUUUGUUGGUUGAAGGCCAUGAUGGUGGGGUUAUUAAUGGGAAUGGGAUGAUUUGGUGGCAAAAUUCAUGCAAAAUUAACAAAAAUCUCCCAUGCAAGGAUGCUCCAACGGCUGUUACCUUCUACAAUAGCCAAAACUUGGUAGUUCGGAACUUGAACAUUCGAGAUGCGCAACAAAUACAUGUUUCCUUUGAAAAAUGCACCAAUGUUGAAGCCUCUGGAUUCAAGAUAACCUCCCCAAAAAUAAGUCCAAAUACCGAUGGGAUUCAUAUAACAGAAACAAAAAACAUUCGGAUCACAAGCUCCAUCAUUGGAACAGGUGAUGAUUGUAUCUCCAUUGUAAACGGAUCUCAAAACAUGCAAGCUAUGGACAUAACGUGCGGUCCAGGUCACGGAAUUAGCAUUGGGAGCUUAGGAUCUAAAAAUUCAAAGGCUUAUGUCUCUGGUGUGACUAUUGAUGGAGCUAAAUUAUAUGGGACUGCAAAUGGAGUUAGAAUCAAGACAUGGCAGGGAGGAUCAGGAACUGCAAGCAACAUCAUAUUUCAAAACAUUGAAAUGUACAACGUGAGUAACCCGAUCAUCAUAGACCAAAACUACUGUGAUCAAAGCAAGACAUGCAAGGAACAGAGCUCAGCAGUUCAAGUGAAAGACGUGUUGUACAACAACAUUAAUGGGACAAGUACUUCUGAAUUUGCAAUAAAUUUUAAUUGCAGCAAAAAUCAUCCUUGUCAAGGGAUUGUGUUGCAAAAUGUGAACUUGUUGCAGGAACAAGAACAUAGACCAGCUAAAGCUAUUUGCAAUAAUGUCAUAUUGAAGGAAGGGGAUAAUGUUUUCCCACAAUGCCCUUAAUCCCUUUAACAUAUAAAACUAUAUAUAUAUAUAUAUAUAUAUAUAUAUUAUACAGUCUGACUCUGUAAAUAAAUCCAUGUUAAAGAAUAAUAUGAAACAAUUUGGAAAAGAAAAGAUUGAAUAACACUGUUGUAAAAUAUGAUUAUGUGGUUGAAUUUGAAUAAAGUUUA